UGACUAAUGACCAAUGAGCUCAUGGCCCUAGCGACUGUUGCUAGGCAGAUUAUGGUAAUGAUCAUGGGCGGACUCUUCCCCCCCCCCCGCUCUGCAGCUACCAUUGUGAGGUGAGGACAGGUGGGCGGGUUUGAUCUGCGGAGGGGCCCUGGGAGCUCGCCUGGACACGACAGUUUCACUGGACCCCUUCAGCCAUGGUACAGAAGAAUCCCUUGUCUAGAGACGUCGCAGACGGAUGACUCUAUUCAACCAAGCUUGGUCCCAGUAAUUUAGUUAUCACACACCAUGGAGGCCCACAGCAAUGAUGGCAUGGACCUGAAAGAAGAAUCUGCACAGGUGUGGUCUGAAUCAGCUGAGCAGGGACAGAACACUGCUCAGGUUCACUUUGUCCCAGAAGGUGGAACAGUGGCCCAGAUCGUGUACAGCGAUGACCAAGACCGUCCUCCGCAACAGGUGGUCUACACGGCCGACGGCACCUCUUACACCUCAGUGGAUACUUCAGAGCACACGCUGGUUUACAUCCAUCCUGUGGAAGCCACUCAGACUCUGUUUACAGACCCAUCCCAAGUGACUUACGUUCAGCAGGAUGCAACUACGCAGCAGGUGUCAAUACCUGUGCAUAACCAGGUGUUGCCUCCUAUGGAGGCCGUAGAUGAUGCUACUCCUCUAGAACCUUUGCAGAACCCAAUGGGUAGCAUGGAAACAAAAGAGGAAAAUGAUGCAGAUGAGGAAGAUGAUGAGGAAGAUGACGAGGAGGACGAUGAUGAGGAAGAAGAGGAAGAGGGGGAAGAUACAGAUAUGGAUGAAUGGGACCCUGAUCCACCUCGCCCCUUUGAUCCAAACGACCUGUGGUGUGAAGAGUGUAAUAACGCUCAUCCCUCUGUUUGCCCCAAGCACGGACCCUUGCACCCGAUUCCAAACCGGCCAGUAUUAACAAGAGCGAGAGCCAGCCUCCCCUUGGUCCUUUACAUAGACAGAUUCCUAGGAGGAGUGUUCUCCAAACGACGCAUUCCCAAGCGCACACAGUUUGGCCCUGUGGAAGGACCUCUGGUCAGGCAGUCAGAGCUGAAGGACUGCUACAUCCAUUUAAAGGUGUCCCUCGAAAAGGGUGACCGAAAAGAUUGGGACCUGCAGGAAGAUCUGUGGUUUGAGCUGUCCAGCGAGGCUCUUUGCAACUGGAUGAUGUUUGUGCGACCUGCUCAGAACCAUCUAGAACAGAACCUCGUCGCCUACCAAUAUGGCCAUCAUAUUUAUUUCACGACCAUUAAAAAUGUUGAGCCUAAACAGGAACUCAAGGUGUGGUAUGCUGCCUCAUACGCCGCAUAUGUGAAUCAGAAGAUCCAUGAUAUAACUGAGGAGGAAAGGAAAGUUCUCCGAGAACAAGAGAAAAACUGGCCGUGCUACGAGUGCAACCGACGGUUCAUGAGCUCCGAGCAGCUCCAGCAGCACCUCAACUCCCAUGAUGAAAAGCUGGACUUCUUCAGCAGAGCACGAGGCAGAGGUCGUGGACGCGGAAAGCGAAGGUUUGGACCAGGCAGGCGACCAGGUCGCCCUCCCAAAUUCAUGCGUUUGGAAGUAACCAGUGAAAACGGGGGGAAAUGUGCAGAAGGGACACAGGAUUUGCUGCAUUUCUCCAGCAAGGGGCAGUUUGAGGAGGCUGGACAAGCCCCACUGAAUGGCCUCGACCAACCAGAACAGACGCCUGCCCCACCGGAGACCCCAUCCACAUUGGACCCCCAGCCCGAGAGCCAUCCGUUGCAGCUCCAGCCGCAUGAACCAACUGUGGUGCCUACCCAGAGCACCAUUACUGAAAACGACAUGCGGCGUGCAAAGCGUAUCCGGAAUGCAGCUCUCCAGCACUUAUUCAUCCGGAAGUCAUUCCGACCCUUCAAAUGCCUGCAUUGUGGGAAAGCUUUCCGUGAUAAGGACAAGCUCGAUCAGCACUUGGGGUUCCACGGACGGGAAGGCAAUUGCCCUCUGACCUGUGACAUCUGCAAUAAAGGCUUCAUCAACAGCAGCGCUCUGGAAAGUCACAUGAAGUUCCACUUGGACCAGAAAACCUACUCUUGCAUUUUCUGCCCUGAGUCCUUUGACCGCUUGGAUCUGCUGAAAGAUCAUGUGGCGAUCCAUGUGAACGAUGGCUAUUUCACCUGUCCUACCUGUAAAAAGCGAUUUCCAGAUUUUAUCCAGGUGAAAAAGCACGUACGCAGCUUCCAUUCAGAAAAGAUUUACCAGUGCACAGAAUGUGACAAGGCUUUCUGCCGCCCUGACAAGCUGCGUCUCCACAUGCUGCGCCACUCGGACCGCAAGGACUUCCUGUGCUCCACUUGCGGGAAACAGUUCAAGAGGAAAGACAAACUCAGAGAGCACAUGCAGAGAAUGCACAACCCAGAAAGAGAAGCGAAGAAAGCUGACCGGAUUAGCCGUUCCAAAACCUUCAAGCCUCGGAUAGCCUCGACAGACUAUGAGAGCUUCAUGUUCAAGUGUCGUCUGUGCAUGAUGGGCUUCCGGAGGAGAGGCAUGCUGGUGAAUCAUUUAUCAAAGAGACAUCCAGACAUGAAAAUAGAAGAGGUACCUGAGCUUACACUGCCAAUCAUCAAGCCCAACAGAGAUUAUUUCUGUCAGUACUGUGAUAAGGUUUACAAGAGCGCCAGCAAGCGCAAAGCACACAUUCUGAAGAACCACCCGGGUGCCGAGCUGCCUCCCAGCAUCCGGAAGCUCCGCCCAGCAGGCCCAGGAGAGCCAGACCCCAUGUUGAGUACCCAUACCCAGCUCACGGGCACGAUAGCAACUCCACCCGUUUGCUGCCCUCACUGUUCCAAGCAGUAUAGCAGCAAGACCAAGAUGGUGCAACACAUUCGCAAGAAGCACCCGGAAUUCGCUCAGAUCCCAACGAACACGAUACACGUGCCAUUGACAACUGCAGUCAUCAGCGCUGCGCCUGCAGUUCUAACAGCCGACAGCACUGCUGGGGAGACAGUCGUGACAACAGAUCUGCUGACCCAAGCAAUGACAGAGCUGUCACAGACGCUGACAACAGACUACCGAACUCCGCAGGGCGAUUUUCAGCGAAUCCAGUACAUCCCUGUGUCGCAAUCCACCACGGGCUUGCAGCAGUCUCAGCACAUACAGCUGCAGGUUGUACAAGUGGCUCAGGCUACCUCACCGCACCAGUCCCAGCAUUCCACAGUGGACGUGGGGCAACUGCACGACCCACAGACGUAUACUCAGCAUGCCAUCCAAGUGCAGCACAUCCAGGUUGCGGAACCAGCCCCCGCAGCCUCGUCAUCCUCACAGGUGGGAAGUAAGCCCUUAAGUCCUUCAUCCCAGCCAUCCCAGCAGGAACUCAGCCCUUCCCAAAUGCAAACAUCCACCUCCUCCCAAAGCCAAACUCUCCAAUCACAGCAAGGCUCCUCAGUUCAACAAACAUACCUACCCAGCACGUGGAACUCAUUCCCUAGCUAUUCUUCUGAGAUUCAGUACGUGAUCGCAGAAACCGCUGUUGGCACUCCUGUCACUGCAGUGAACACAGGGCAAGUCAAACCUGUUGCCCAGACACAUUACGUGAUAUCCGGAGGUCAAUCUGAACUAGAUGUAAAGCCAAACUUAUCACUUUCCAGUGGUGUAGAAGUGGACUUGGCCCAGCCAUCAACGCAUUCUGACCCCCUGGAAUCCCCAACAGCCAAUCAGCAGCAGACAACACAAUACAUCAUUACCACCACCACCAAUGGCAAUGGAAGCAGUGAAGUGCACAUUGAAAAGCCAUGAACUUCCUUUGCAGUGGAUAAAUGAAGACAUUCGGUCCAGCCAGAUGACUUUCCAGGAUUUUACCCUAGAAAUAUGGAGCACCGAGAGCUGUUUUUUAUGUUUUCACACAUACAAAAUGAAGCUCCGCAUUUCUUCUCGAUGCUUUAAAUAAUUCGACAACUAUGAAAAAUUGAGAGAAACAUCCACAAUCCCUGUGAGGAUACUACCAUUCUCAGAAGCACUUGAGCAAUGAAUAGGAAAUGGAAAUGGAGUUUCCUCUGGAUUUUUCUUUGGCAUACCCUUGCAGAGCCUUAUUUUUCUUUUGUGGAUGCCCCUCCAGCUUCGACGUCAACCAUGAAGGCAAACGUUUGCUAGUCACAUAGCUGCUGGUGGAAUGUCUUUCACCCUUCUAAUACCUACAGCUUUUAAAAAGAGCUUCCUAUGGCUAAUUUUGUUUUCAGGUGGCUUUAUUUUUAAGUAGCCAAGGGAGAAGGCAAUCUGCCCCAUUUGGGAAAAGCAUUGCCUGGAAAGAAGGAACAAUCGUAAACCCUUAUUUCCCACUCUAUGCGUGGGACAGAUGGGACAAUGAAACUGUGAAGCUGUGCGGCAGCAGUUAAAUUAUUAUUGUUUUUUGGAACCCUAUGAACUGUUUACAUGCCACCUGCACUGCCCUGGUACUCAGUUCUGGAGAGUAUGAAUGGAGCAGAUUUGAAACCUUCAGAAGCCUCAACCACACCUUCUCAAAUCAGAGUACUAUAUGAUGGUAAUACUGAGCUUAAACGUUCCACUGUUUGACUGCGUUCCCUCUGUCCAAGGGGAGGGUGAGAAUUGGUUUCUUUUCCCUGAACAAAACCAAUAAAAUGCCUGGGAGAUGUAAAUGCG